UAAUAGACUCACCCUUAAGAAACAAGAUUCACAAUAGUUCUCGAGAAAAACAUUCCCUUUAGAAUUUCAUUAAAAAGCAUAAGAGUCUUAGUUGACCAAACUAUAUACACACACAAACCCUCACAUAGCCUAGAACUUGCCACUAUUAGAAGAUCAAGAUAGCUAGAAAACAAGAAGAAUAAACCAAAAACUAUUCCAAAUCCAAUUUAGGUUUUCUAUUUCAUACAAAUAUCUAAGGACAUGGAAGGAGAAAGAGAUGCUCCUAAUUAUGAACUUCAAGUUUCAUUCACAAACACUCCUCAAACCAUCCAUGAAAUGAGUUUUGUUCAAUUUGAAGAUAAUCAUGUUCUUAGCUUCUUGUCUCCAUCUACACAAUCUCAACCUUCUCAGCUUUCUCAAUCUCUAAACUCCGGCGGCAGCUCCACCACCGCCGCUACCACUGCAGCUGUCUCAACAACCACCGCAGCCGCCGGAUUCAGCCCUAACGAUCUUGUCACUAGAACUCCUUGGAGUAAUGAACAGGUGAGAACUCUAGAUCCCAAAGCUGUUGUAAGUGAUGAGAAUUGCACUGGAAAUACUAGUGAUGGCAAUAACACUUGGUGGAGGAGUGGAGGAAGUGAGAAGAACAAGGUGAAAGUGAGGAGGAAGCUAAGAGAGCCAAGGUUUUGUUUUCAGACAAGAAGUGAUGUAGAUGUGCUUGAUGAUGGUUACAAAUGGAGGAAGUAUGGUCAGAAAGUUGUUAAGAAUAGCCUUCAUCCAAGAAGUUAUUACCGUUGCACACAUAACAAUUGUCGGGUGAAAAAAAGAGUUGAACGACUCUCAGAAGAUUGUCGUAUGGUGAUAACCACUUAUGAAGGAAGACACAAUCACUCUCCAUGCGACGACUCUAAUUCUUCAGAACACGAAUGUUUUACCUCUUUCUGAUCCAACAAUGUUGUUUUGAUAAAACAAUUAUGUAUUGAUAAACAAUUAGUUUUGAGUUUUUGUUUCAUAUGACAUAUGAGGGAUAUUGUCACUUACGUGUAUUUAACGAUCUACAUCCUCAACAACAAUUUUUUAUGGACUUUUAUACAAUCAAUGAUUUCGUCUAAGGAUAAUUCUUAGCAA